CAGUCGGCGUACUUCCCAUUGGAAGAUGUGCUUUUGAGCACCGCCUUCAAAAACAAGCCAGACGUUCAAUGGUAUUCUGCAAUCAACUAGGAGUGAGGUGCCGCGUAACUCAUAUCAGGCUACCUGGAAAAUUGAAAGACGAUAGAGGAAUAUGAAGUUGGGCAAGACUUCAGACUCCAGGGCGUGUGUGUAAACCACUAAAGCAGCCGGAGCGGAGCGAGGGACAGACGUUGGGACAGACGAAGAGGGAGAGAGAGAGAGAGAGGAACCGCAGCGGUCAGUCCGGGUCCCUGCUGUCUCGCUCAGGGGUGAGGGGAGAGGCGAAGAUGGCCGACAACGAGGACGAGCAGGGCAAGGCGGGGAAGCUCUUCGAGAGCUUUGUCCUGGCGUCCACCUGCAAGGGAACACUGCAGGCCUUCAACAUCAUGUGCCGGCAGCUGGAGCUGGACCCGCUGGACCACGAGACCUUCUACAGCAGCCUCAAGGCCCGCGUCACCUCCUGGAAGGCCAAGGCCCUGUGGAGCAAGCUGGACAAGAGGACCAACCACAAAGAGUACAAGAAGGGUGCAGCUUGCGCAGGCACCAAGUGUCUGAUCAUUGGUGGGGGUCCAUGCGGACUGAGGACGGCCAUCGAGCUGGCUUUGCUCGGGGCCAAAGUGGUGGUGAUCGAGAAGAGGGACACGUUCUCCCGCAACAACGUGCUCCACCUCUGGCCCUACACCAUCCACGACCUCAGGGGCCUGGGGGCCAAGAAGUUCUACGGCAAGUUCUGCGCCGGAGCCAUAGACCACAUCAGUAUUCGGCAGCUGCAGCUCAUGCUUUUGAAAAUCUCCCUGCUCGUUGCCGUUGAGUUCCAUGUCAACGUUGAGUUUGUCAAGCUGCUGGAGCCUCCAGAAGACCAAGAGAAUGAAGGACCUGGUUGGAGGGCAGAACUGCGUCCUGCUGAUCACCCUGUGGCGGACUUCGACUUUGACGUGGUGGUGGGGGCGGACGGCCGGCGGAACACUCUGGAAGGGUUUAGGAGGAAGGAGUUUCGGGGGAAACUGGCCAUCGCCAUCACGGCCAAUUUCAUCAACCGGAACACCACAGCCGAGGCCAAAGUGGAGGAGAUCAGUGGCGUGGCCUUCAUCUUCAACCAGAAAUUCUUCCUGGACCUCAAAGACGAGACAGGCAUCGAUCUGGAGAACAUCGUGUACUACAGGGACAAUACGCACUACUUUGUCAUGACGGCAAAGAAGCAGAGUUUACUGGACAAGGGAGUCAUCAUCAACGACUACAUUGACACUGAUAUGCUGCUGAGCAGUGUGAACGUGAACCAGGAGGCUCUGCUGGGCUAUGCCCGGGAGGCGGCGGACUAUGCCACCCACUACCAGCUGCCCACCCUGGACUUCGCCAUGAACCACCUGGGCCAGCCCGACGUGGCCAUGUUCGACUUCACCUGCAUGUACGCCUCCGAGAACGCGGCGCUCGUCCGGGAGCGCUUCGGACACCAGCUGCUGGUGGCGUUGGUGGGAGACAGUUUACUAGAGCCGUUCUGGCCCAUGGGCACAGGGUGCGCCCGCGGUUUCCUGGCAGCGUUCGACACGGCAUGGAUGGUGAAAAGCUGGGCUCAGGGCAGAGCGCCCAUAGAGGUGCUGGCAGAGAGAGAAAGUCUGUAUCGGCUACUACCUCAAACCACAACGGAGAACAUCGCCAAAAACUUUGACCAGUAUACCGUUGACCCAGGGACCCGUUACCCCAACCUCAACUCCAGCUGCGUCAGACCUCACCAGGUGCGUCACCUCUACAUCAAUGGAGAGCUGAAGGCCUGUUCUUUGGAGCGAGCAGCAACCGUUCGCCGCCCCAUCAACCUGUCUAGACGAGAAUCCGAGGUGAGGCCUGGCCGGCUGCAGACCUGGUGCCAGAAGCAGACAGACGGCUAUCGGGGCGUGAGCGUGUGCGACCUCACUUCCUCCUGGGCCAACGGCCUGGCCCUGUGCGCCCUCAUCCACCGCUUCAGGCCCAACCUCAUAGACUACGAUUCGCUCAACGAGGAGGACAGCGCUCAGAACCUGCAGUUGGCCUUUGACGUUGCGGAGCGCGAGUUCGGCAUCAAGCCGUUCUCCACCGGCAAGGAGGUGGCCGGUGGUCAGGAGCCGGACAAAGUCACCAUGGUUACCUACCUGUCCAAGUUUUACGAGCUCUUCAGGGGAACGCCUCUCCCACCCUCAGAUUCAAGGAGAGAGGGGGAUGCGAACGGCACCGACUCUUCUCACAAACCCGCGCGGCCUGUUGGCAAAUCGUUCAGCUUCACACAGCCAAGAAAGCGGAUACCAAAGGAUGAUAAGAAGCUGGAGGAGAAUGACCCGACCUACAAGCGCAGACGGAAGAUUUGCAGCUAUUUAGAAGAGGCCACAAAUUUUUCCAGUCAGAGUUCGUCGGUAAGCAAAGACGGGCAGGAACUCAAGGAGAACAAGGUGAAGUCCAUGGCUACCCAGCUUCUGGCCAAGUUUGAGGAGCGGGCCCCUAGCUGCAGCCUCCGAAGACAGAGGAAAGCCCAGACGCAGAACGCUCGAGAGUUUCACAAAAAGAGCAUAAGGGAGAAAGCCGUCCACUUGACCUCUCUGUUCUCCAGCUCCGAGACCUCGGCGGCUCAGCCUGACUCCUCUGCUCUGCCGCUGCCUCCUAACUCUGACAGCCAGCUAACUCUCCAAAUAACUCCAGCAAUAACUCCACUCCUGCCCCUUGUGCCAGAAUACCCUGCUUCCUUCUGCCUCUCUUCUCCUCCUCCUCCUCCUCCUCCUCCUCCUCCUUCUUCUUCUCCUCCUGCUCCUCCUGCUCCCACUUUCAUAUCCUCCACAUUCUGUGUGCUGAAGCAGCAUCAGCAGCAGAGGCCCCAAGAGUUAGAUAUGCAGCUUUGUAGAAUCACAGCUCAGAGACGAGCAGUCAGUGACAUUCGGAUGCGUAGAGCCGACGCAUCGCAUUUUACACUCCACAAGCAAAUAGAAACACCCCAGUCAAAGCAGGAGCCUGCUGCGCCCAAGCAGCGCACCGUGGGGAAGGUGUCUCUGGUGGUGGGAGCCAGGGCUGAGACUAUCGCCUCUCUCUAUGAGAGCGAUCACAGGCCCAAGGUCACAGAUCUCAGUCCUCCAACCUCCCCGGGCUCCUUCCGUAGGGAGUUAGGUGGCAGUGAGUUAUGUCACGCCUGUAACAGACGGGUCUAUGUUGUGGAGCGCCUCAGUGCUGAGGGCCUGUUCUUCCACAGAGAGUGCUUCCGCUGUGACACGUGCAGCGCUUCGUUGAGCCAGGGAAGACAUGCUUUCGAUUCUGAAACAGGCAAGCUGUACUGCAAACUGCACUUUGCCCAACGCACAUCCGGUGUGAAGCGAGAGAGGGCUUUUGGUCUGCACAUGGGAAACCACGGCACGGACGUCCCGGACGGCUCGGAGACGGACGGCUCCAGCGUGGCCAGCGGCAGCAGCGCGCGGCAGUCUCCAGGUACCCUGGGCUCGCUGCUCCGGAAGAGCCUGAGCUGGCCGGUGCGCAUGACGCGGGCCGCGUGCGCCGUGCCCGGCCGCCUGUCUCGCUGGCUCCGCGGCGCCGCCCAGGCCACGCGCGCCCACCUCCGCGCCCACGCAGAGGACUAUGGCUUCCUGUACGAGCUGCUGAGCGUGGGCCUGCCCCUCAUGGGCAUGCAGAUGGAGGUCUUGCUCCACAUGUACGCCGAGCUCGAGCCCGGCGCCGACGCUGGCGCAGACCCCCCCGGCCCCGGGCCACUGUCCCCACAGACCCUCAUGCUUUGGGCCCGACAGCAGCUGGGCCUCGCGCCCGCUUAAUUAAAAAAAAAAAAAAAAGAAUGGAACUCCCAUGAUCCUCUGGGGCUCCGCGCCAUUUUAGAGAUUUCAUUCGUGUUUCCUCAACGCAUGUAUGAACUGCAUGCUGUAGUUGAUGAUGGCUGGCCACUGUGUAAAUACCUGUAAACACGUUUGUUUGUUUGUUUUUUUUUUCCAAACGAUCUGCUCAAAGCAGGCCAUAGUUUGCUCUUAAGGUAAUUUCAAGAAAAUUAAAUUAGCAAGUGCCUGAUGUAAAACAUCUUUUUCACGUUGGGAUUGAUAUGUGUGUGUAGCGUGAUAUGUCCAAGAAUCCAAAUGUACACCCUUACAUCCAAAUCUCCUUUGUGAAUCGGUCUGAUGAGUUGCUCAGGACAACUCCUCCAGAUGUGUUUUCAGUGCUUUUUACUUCAGGUUACUGUAGUCCCAGUCUUUCUGAACAUUGUGAUUAAUGCACAAUGUCUUGAAGCACUUUAUAAUGGUGGUCUGUCCUGGCCUGUGCACGUGCCUGUUUGAGAGAUUGUUUUUAUUAAUGUUGUGUGCAGAUGAGAAUGAUGAGAUUUGUGCAGAUGCUGUACAUUUACUAAACCCAAUACAACUCAGCAGGAGAGGCAUUGUGUGCCUGUAAGGCCAUGUGCAAUGGCAAUGCCAAAACAGGGUUUCAUCUUUUAAGCCAUUCACCGCCAAAUCUUCCUUGAACAGGUUUACAUUUGUGUGUGUGUGUAUGUGUGUGUGGUGUUUGUGUGAGUGGAUGCGUGUGUUACAAUCUUCCGUUAGAAAACGUAUGAGACGUAUCUUCCAUCUCAAACAUGCUGUACCAUUGAAUUGUAACACACUUUUAUUUGACUUUUUCCCCCCCAAACUAUCAUUUUGCUGACUUGUGCAGUUGUGCCUGUACGUUUGUGUUCUUGAAAUGCAGCUGGAUGAAAGUAGGUCUGUGGGAUCUCUCUCUGACUAGCAUUCCCUGGUGCCGUCUGUUUUCCAGUCCAUGUAAAGAUGACCCAGGUUCAGAGAAGGAUGAGUUUCAUACCCUCUUCACUUUGCUGGACAGGAGUUAGAAAGGUGCACCGAGCACCUCUUAUCGUCUGCUUGAUUUCUAACAGCAGAGAGGAGAGCGGUAGAAUUAAUAGUGCUCGUCCUCAUCCUCUGAAUCUGGUUCAUCAGUUUUAAAGGCAUGUCAUUCCACUGCUGUCUCUCACCCGGUCGAGUACUUGUGUGCACGAAUAACGGAAUUGCAUGUAUGAAAGAGCACCUUAUUUACCAUGUACCCCAAAGACAAUGGAGACGCUGUAGAAAUGAACUGCUUUUCACCAAAGAUCUUGUUAGAUUUCUGGUGUUCUCCACAUUUAUACACUGAACAGUUAAGCGUAUUUACUGAAGCCAUCACUGGCUUGGCACAGUCUUACACCUAGCAGUGUAGCGUGUCCAAUAUGUGAAGUGUUAAGCAGUGACCGUUUACAUCCAUCAUAUUUCACAUGGUGAUAAGCAUUUAUUUGUAAACGUACACAUUUAGGGAGAAUUUUUCACUGACAUGUUUCUCACUGAUUUUACAACAACAAAAAAAAAACAUGUGUGAUGUCCUAUUUUCUCUUUGCUGUUGAUCUUUGCUAGCUUUCUGUCCAUGUCGUAACGUCUUUCUUUUUAUUUUUCUCUUCUUUGAUUCACUUUUAGUCUUUUUCCAAGUUCCCCACGUUGACACCUCUGAGUCUGAAUCAUGUCAGCCCUGAAGGUGAUCAACUCUGCAUGGUCACCUGGCUUUGUGCAGUGGUCAGUCUCUCACCAUAGGAAAGCAUGAUCAGCUUUCUAUAGUAACUGUUCAGCACCUACUGUUCGGGCCACAUACAACCUUUCACCUCACUAUUUCCAUCACUGACAUUUGUGUUCAUUCCAUUGCCUGUGUUUUGGAAUGCCUGUAUUUCAUUCUGAUGUGGUGCAGUGCUUUUUGAGUGCAUGCAUGUUCAUUCUAAAUGCUGGCCUUUUUUUAACUGUCUCAUUUUUUCUAUAUUUCUCUGUCUUUUAUGUUUGUCUUCUCUAUUUCAGAAUCCGUUACUCUUUCUGAAACCCGUUCAAGAGCGGGGAUUCUUGUACCUGAGUGGACUGUAGUUUAAGUGGCACCUUUUAUCUGACAUGUUGUAAAACUGUAUAAAGUUAUUUCAAGUGAAACUUGUAUUUUCCAUGGAAAUGGAAAUGUGCAUAUUAAUUUCUUUAUAAUAUUCAAAGCAAUGCACACAUACAAUAAAUUAACUGAUUUGUUUUA